AUGUCAGAAUCUGGGGACUUGGGGCUGAUUCCGUUCUCAGUUCUUGUCUUGAGCUGCAGAGCUCAUUCUGAUAUCCGGCUAAUUUGGCCUGGUGUGUCAGAGCCGCUGGAGACUCGACUCUUCUCAAGUUUUUUUUUUCUCUUGCAGCCUAGAGGCACCCGGAAGCAUGGCGCAUCCUUUAUCAUCACUAAAGCAAUCAGAGAUCGUUUAUGGUUUUUCCGCCAAUACAUCUGGUACAGCCCUGCCCCGUUUCUGCUCCCGGAGGGGUUGGUUCGCCUGACCAGUAAGCAGAUAAACUGGCACUUGGUACUCGCAAGCAACGGGAGACUUCUGGCUGCUCUUCAAGACCAGUGUGUGGAGAUCAGGUCUGCCAAGGAUGACUUUACAUCUAUUAUUGGGAAAUGCCAAGUCCCCAAAGACCCGAAGCCCCAGUGGAGACGUGUGGCCUGGAGCUAUGACUGCACCCUGCUGGCCUGUGCCGAGAGCACAGGCACCGUCAGGGUGUUUGACCUCAUGGGAAGCGAGCUCUUCGUCAUCACCCCGGCGCCGAGUGUAGCGGGGGACCUGGGCCACGCCAUAGCCGGGCUGAUAUUCUUGGAGUACAAGGCAAGUGCUCAGUGGUCUGCAGAGCUCUUGGUCAUCAACUACCGGGGAGAACUCAGGAGCUACCUUGUGAGUGUCGGGACCCAUCAGAGCUAUCAAGAGAGUCACUGCUUCAGCUUCAGUAGUCACUAUCCUCAUGGGAUCAACACAGCCAUUUACCAUCCUGGCCACAGACUUUUGCUGGUUGGUGGGUGUGAGAGAGCUGAAGUGGACAUUUCGAAAGCCGCUAGCUGUGGCCUCUCUGCCUGGAGGGUCCUUUCAGGGUCGCCUUACUACAAGCUGGUCACUGACGGUGGAGACAGGGUCCCUGCAGUGCCAAAGACGCUGGGAUUAUUAAAGUUCUUAAGUAUCAAGUUAUACUCUCACCAGAGGCAAGAACAGGACGGAAUCUUCAAGAUGAGCCUUUCUCCAGACGGAAGCCUCCUUGCGACCAUCCACUUUUCCGGCAAACUCAGCAUCUGGGCCGUCCCGUCCCUGAAGCUGCAAGGGGAGUGGGCCCAAAGCGAGCAGCCUGGAUACGACGACCUUAAUCCUGCUUGGAGCCUGUCUACAGAGAAGAGAAAAAAAAUCAAAGAUAAGGAGUCCUCUUACCGGCUGAUAGACGUGAGUUGGUGGGCCGACAACGCGGUGACUUUGGCUCGCUGCUCCGGUGCUUUGACCGUUUCCUCAGUGAAAACUCUGAGGAACCUACUGGGGAGAUCCUGCGAAUGGUUCGAACCGUCACCUCAAGUCACUGCUACCCACGAUGGAGGAUUUCUGAGCUUGGAGUGUGAGAUCAAACUUGCGCCCAAGCGACCUCGUUUGGAGCCUCGCGGUGGGGAAGACGACGAGGAAGAGGAUUCCGAUUCCGACCAGGAGGUUUCCGCCCGGGCCCGCUACUUCGGCUACCUGGAGCAGGGCCUGUACUUGGUGACGGAAAUGGAGCGGUUCGCACCGCCGCGGAAGCGCCCUCGGACCGUCACCAAGAACUACCGGCUGGUCAGCCUGCGCUCCACCACCCCGGAGGAGCUGUACCACAGGAAGAUCGCAAGUGAAGAGUACGAGGAAGCCUUGUCCCUGGCUCGGACCUACGGCCUGGAUACCGACCUGGUGUAUCAGCGGCAGUGGAGGAAGUCUGCCGUCAACGUCGCUUCAAUCCAGGACUACCUGAGUAAAAUAAAGAAAAGAUCCUGGGUUCUUCAUGAGUGCCUGGAACGAGUUCCCGAAAACGUGGAGGCCGCCAAGGAGCUGCUUCAGUACGGGCUGCGAGGCACGGAUGUGGAGGCUCUGCUAGCCAUAGGGGCAGGAGCAGAUGAUGGCAGAUUUACGCUGCCUGGCGAGGUAGACAUUGAGGGACUGUCCUACGAGGAACUUUCACCCCCUGGUGAAGAGCCUGCUCAGAGUAAAAAGGGCAAGGAACUCCAGAGGAGACAGGCACUCCUGAAACUCGUGAACUUUUCAAAGUUGACACUGGAACAAAAGGAACUUUGCCGUUGUAGACUAAAAUUAUUAACCUACUUAGAUCGACUUGCAACAUACGAGGAAAUCCUGGGAGUGCCUCAUUCUUCACAACAGAGAUACGAUGCUGAAUUCUUCAAGAAGUUCAGAAAUCAGAAUAUUGUUCUCUCAGCAAGAACUUAUGCUCGGGAGAGCAACGUGCAGGCCCUGGAAAUCCUCUUCACCUACCACGGGGCUGACCUGCUUCCUCACCGCCUUGCCGUCCUCUCCAACUUCCCCGAGACCACGUCUCCUCACGAGUACGCCGCUCUGCUGCCAGAGGCCCGUCUUACAGGCGACUCCUUGAUGAUCCUUCCUUGGCAUGAAAGUGAACACCGGGAGAAAGACUGGUGUGAGGGGCUGGAGUGCAGAGCGGUGGUGGAGCCCAGUCUCCCAGAUGACAGUGAGUUCCUGUACGCCGCUCAGCCAGAGCUGCUGAGGUUCCGGACCACGCAGCUCACAGUGGAGAUGGUGAUGGGCUGGUACCGGACCAGGGCCGAGGAGAUUGAGCAGUGGGCGCGGCAGGUUGACUGUGCGUUGUCCCUUAUCCGUCUUGGCAUGGAGAGAAACAUUCCCGGCUUGCUGGUUCUGUGUGAUGAUUUGGUUACUCUGGAAGCUUUGGUUUACGAAGCCGGGUGUGAUUUAACCCUCACCCUGAAAGAGCUCCAGCAGAUGAAAGACAUAGAGAAGCUACGACUACUGAUGGAUAGCUGUCCUGAGGACAAGUAUGUGACAAGUGCCUACCAGUGGAUGGUUCCCUUUCUUCAUCGUUGCGAGAAGCAGUCUCCUGGCGCGGCGAGUCAGCUACUCAAGGAAUAUUUGGUAACGUUAGCUAAAGGGGACUUGAAGUUGCCACUGAAGAUAUUCCAGCAUUCCAAACCAGAUCUGCAGCAAAAGCUCAUCCCUGACCAGGACCAGCUGAUGACGGUGGCGCUGGAGUGCGUCUACAGCUGCGACCGGAGCGACCAGCUCUCCCUGUGUUACGACAUCCUGGAGUGUCUGCCCCAGAGGGGCUCUGGUGAUGAGUCUGAGGUCACCACAGCCCUUCACGACCAGGUCGACCAGCUGGAACAAAUUCUCAGUGUGUCAGAGCUCUUGGAGAAACAUGGACUCGAGAAGCCGGUUUCGUUUGUGAAGAACACUCAGGCCAGCCCCGAGGAGGCGCGCAAGCUGAUGGUCAGGCUGGCCAGGAACGCGGCUCGCAAGCAGCCUCCUGUCAGCGAGUCUCACUGGAGAGUGUUGCUGCAGGACAUGGCCACCAUGCAGCACAGCGUCUACACGUGUCUCGACGCCAACGCUUGCUAUGAGAUAUUUACCGAAAGCCUUCUGUGUUCCAGUCGUCCUGAGAAUAUCCACCUGGCUGGGCAGAUGAUGCACUGCAGGGCUAGCCCAUCACCGCCCCCGGCCAGUGUCGCCCUGAAAGGGAAAGCCCAGUACAGGGUCGGCUACGAGAAGAGCAUCGAGUUGGUUCUGGCUGCCAGCAGAGAGUACUUCAACUCUUCUGCCAACCUCACUGACAGCUGCAUGGACCUGGCCAGGUGCUGCUUGCAGCUGAUAACAGACAGGCCUGAGGAUAUUCAGGAGGAAUUAGAUCUUAUCCAAGCCCUUGGGUGUCUCGAAGAGUUUGGGGUAAACAUCCUACCUUUGCAAGUGCGAUUGUGCUCGGAUCGGAUCGGCCUCGUCAAGGAGUGCAUCUCCCAGUGUCCCACGUGCUACAGGCAGGCCGCCAAGCUCCUGGGCCUUGCUGAGCUGCUCAGGGUAGCAGGUAUGCUUUUUGCAGCCACAGCCAGAGAAGGACUAGAAAAGCAAGGCUGUCACCCAUUCUACGAAUCUGUCAUCUCUAAUCCUUUUGUGUCAGAGUCUGAAGUAACUUAUGACAGCUAUCAGCACGUCCCAGUAGAAAGCUUCGCAGAGGUCUUGCUGAGAACUGGCAAACUGACAGAGACCAAAACUGAAGGAGAAGUAUUUCCAACAACAGAAGUUCUCCUGCAGCUCGCCAGCGACGCUCUCCCAAAUGACAUGACCUUGGCCCUUGCCUACCUCCUCGCCUUGCCACAGGUGCUUGAUGCCAACACAUGCUUUGAGAAGCUGUCACACUCCGCACUGUCUCUCCAGCUGGCGGCCUAUUACUACAGCCUGCAGAUCUACGCCCGGCUGGCCCCAGGCUUCCAGGACAGAUGCCACCCCCUCUACAGGGCUGACCCUAAAGACAUAAUCCAGAUGGUCACCAAGCACGUGACAAGAUGUGAACAUGAAGCCUGGCCCGAGGACCUCGUCCUGCUGACCAAGCAGUUACACUGCUAUAACGAGCGUCUCCUGGAUUCCACGCAGGCCCAGAUUCUUCGGAGCCUUCGCAGGGGUGUGGAUGUUCAGCGGUUCACUGCAGACAACCAGUAUAAGAGGGAAACCAUCCUUGGCCUGGCAGAAACACUUGAGGACACUGUCUACAGCAUCGCUCUCUCUCUGGCUCAGCGUUACAGUGUCUCUCGGUGGGAGGUUUUUAUGACCCAUUUGGAGUUCCUGUUCACUGACAGUGGCCUGACCACAGUAGAGAUUGGAAACCGAGCUCAAGGCCUCCGUCUCUUGGAGACGCUGCAGACUGACCCCGAGGCCUUUCAGAGACACAUGGCCAAGUACGUCUACCCCGCCAUUGGUGGCGUGGAUCACGAGAGGCUGCUGUAUUACUUCUCUCUCCUGCAACACUGUGGCUGUGCCGAUGCGGAGAAGCACACCAUCAAACCGGAAACCCACAUCCGACUGUUGAAGAAACUUAAAGCGGUUGCAUCAGGUCUUGAUUACAAGAAGCUGACAGAUGAAAACGCUAGUCCUCUCGAAGCACUAGAGCCUGUACUGUCAAGUCAAAACAUCUUCUCUCUUUCCAAACUGGUUUCCAAAAUCCCCGAGAAGGACGGGCGGAUGGUCUCCCCAAGCUCCCUGUACACCAUCUGGCUGCAGAAGUUGUUCUGGGCCGGUGACCCUCACCUCAUCAAACAAGUCCCGGCGUCCUCCCCGGAGUGGCUUCAUGCCUACGAUGUCUGCACCAAGUACCUUGACCGCCUCCACCCAGCAGACCUCAUCACCGUGGUGGACGCAAUCACCUUUUCUCCAAAAGCGGUGACCAAGCUGCCUCUAGAAGCACGUAAAGAGAUGACCGGAAAGGCCAUUCAGACGGUCAAACGUUUUAUUGAGAAACCCAGGAAACGAACCUCAGAAGAAGACGCUCAAGCAGCCGGCGAUCCUGAGGUCACCUACGCGGAUGUUCUGAGCCACCUGGAGAAGUCCCGCGCUCACCUGGAGACCCUCAGCCACGGCUUCAUCGUCUCUCUGAAGAACAGCGAGCAGGAGAUGCUGCAGAGAUACGGUACCCUAUACGAUCUGUCCCGAUCAGAAAAGGAGAAGCUUCGUGAGCAGGCCGUGGCCAUGUGCUUGGACGGCCAGCCUCUCAGGAUGAUCCAGCAGCUGCUGGAGGUGGCCGUGGGCCCUCUGGGCAUUUCUCCCAAGGACGUGGUGCUGAGCGCGGUCAUGCAGAUAAUCUCUGUGUUGAGAGGGGCGGAUGCUGAGCUGGCCAUGCCGGGAGACCCGCUCCAGGUGCUGGAAGGAGUCGUUGCAGCUGUCCGUGCCAGCGAGGACAGAGGGCAGGGGCUGGUGUCCUCCGAGGACCUGCUGCAGUGGCUGCGGCCCUUCUGUGCGGACGACGCCUGGCCCGUGCGAGCCCGCCUCCGGGUGCUGCAGAUCCUGGGGCAGUCCUUCCACCUGACGGAGGACGACAGCAAGCUCCUCGUGUCCUUCCAGACAGAGACCAUCCUCAGAGCCACCUGGCCCCAGCGACAGGUGGGCGCUGCUGACCUGGAGACAGAAGCAAGCCGCUACUCUCUCUUUGUAGAGCUGUUAGAGUCCAGUCACCAGGACGUGGAAUUUCAGCACUUGAUUUUGCUCUUGCAAGCCUGGCCCCCGAUGGAAAAUGAGUAUAGCGUGACCGAUAAUCCGUGGCUGAGACUCGCCACAGCCAUGCUGACCAAGUGUGAGGAGGAGAACAAGGAAGGCCUGGGGAACGAGGUGCUGAGCAUGUGCCGGUCUCUGUACGACACCAAGCAGAUGCUCCCUGCAGAGGGUGUGAAGGCGCUGUGCUCGCAGCUGCUGCACCUCUCCCUGCCGCGGACGGCCCUGAAGCUUCUCCUGGAGAGUCGGGACCAGAGUCUGCAUGCCCUGGCGCUGGAGCAGAUCACGGCCGUAGCCAAGGUGAAUGACUCCAACUGUGACCAGGAACUCCUCGCUCUGCUCCUGGACGCCGGGCUACUGGUGAAGUGCGUGCCCACCCCCUUCUACCCGCACCUCGUCCAGCACCUCUUGGCAAACGCCCCAGGCAGGCGCUGGAGUGCAGAGGAGCUGGCCAGAGACCUACGGGAGGCCGGCCACGAAGCAGAGGCGGGGUCCCUCCUGCUGGCGGCCAGGGGCACCCACCGGGCCUUGAGGACUUUCAGCACGGCCUUGGGCGCAGGGCAGCGCUGGCUGUGAGCCCCUCCUGCCGCCCCAGCUCUGGAGAGGCUGCACACUCCAGCCCGGGGCUCUCCUGGCGGGCACAGGUAGGCCUGCUGGUGGUUCCCCAGGACCCGAAGACAUUGGAAAUAAAGUUGUCUAUAAAGAGUG